CAGAAUCUUUAUAUUUAUAUCUCUCAAGUUUUUUCUGAAAGUGACUUUGAUUGCAUCCAUGCCGAGGUUGUUUUCGUUACGUUGUUGUAAUAUGGAGUUGAUUUUUUCCCAGAUAAGUGACGACUCCAUUUUUUUUUUUUUUUUUUUAGACAUUAUCUAAUUUACUAUAUAACUCAUUUAGCCCUUUUUGAAUAUUUUUCUCACAUAAAUAACUUAUAUAGAUUAAAUGUUUAUAUUCGUCUAUUAAAUUCUGUUUUUCUGCGAUCAGUCUUUUUCUGGUUUCUUUCAGCACCGCUUUUUGUAUUUUUAUUUUAAUAUUUUUAAUAUUACAAUGGAACAUUUUUUCAUCGAUAUCUUGAGCAUGAUAAUUUUCUUUCUGCUGUUUCAAUAUUUGCCUGAUUUGUUCGUGAAUUAGUGAUUUGGCUUCCAUUUUUUUUUCAUUUUUUUUUUUAAAAAAUUCUGGAAAAAUUAUAUAGAAUUUGUAAACUAUCUACUAGAUAAAAAAAAAUAAUGCAUAUUAAUGACAAUAAUUUAUUUCCAACAUAUUCCUACUUUUUUAUGUUUUUUAACUCUUUUAUAUUAAAAAUUUGUAUGUAUUAAUCAUAAUUUAUUAAUACUUAAGUUUUUUCUGAAAGUGACUUUGAUUGCAUCCAUGCCGAGGUUGUUUUCGUUACGUUGUUGUAAUAUGGAGUUGAUUUUUUCCCAGAUAAGUGACGACUCCAUUUUUUUUUUUUUUUUUUUAGACAUUAUCUAAUUUACUAUAUAACUCAUUUAGCCCUUUUUGAAUAUUUUUCUCACAUAAAUAACUUAUAUAGAUUAAAUGUUUAUAUUCGUCUAUUAAAUUCUGUUUUUCUGCGAUCAGUCUUUUUCUGGUUUCUUUCAGCACCGCUUUUUGUAUUUUUAUUUUAAUAUUUUUAAUAUUACAAUGGAACAUUUUUUCAUCGAUAUCUUGAGCAUGAUAAUUUUCUUUCUGCUGUUUCAAUAUUUGCCUGAUUUGUUCGUGAAUUAGUGAUUUGGCUUCCAUUUUUUUUGCAUUUUUUUUUUUAAAAAAUUCUGGAAAAAUUAUAUAGAAUUUGUAAACUAUCUACUAGAUAAAAAAAAAUAAUGCAUAUUAAUGACAAUAAUUUAUUUCCAACAUAUUCCUACUUUUUUAUGUUUUUUAACUCUUUUAUAUUAAAAAUUUGUAUGUAUUAAUCAUAAUUUAUUAAUACUUAAGUUUUUUCUGAAAGUGACUUUGAUUGCAUCCAUGCCGAGGUUGUUUUCGUUACGUUGUUGUAAUAUGGAGUUGAUUUUUUCCCAGAUAAGUGACGACUCCAUUUUUUUUUUUUUUUUUUUAGACAUUAUCUAAUUUACUAUAUAACUCAUUUAGCCCUUUUUGAAUAUUUUUCUCACAUAAAUAACUUAUAUAGAUUAAAUGUUUAUAUUCGUCUAUUAAAUUCUGUUUUUCUGCGAUCAGUCUUUUUCUGGUUUCUUUCAGCACCGCUUUUUGUAUUUUUAUUUUAAUAUUUUUAAUAUUACAAUGGAACAUUUUUUCAUCGAUAUCUUGAGCAUGAUAAUUUUCUUUCUGCUGUUUCAAUAUUUGCCUGAUUUGUUCGUGAAUUAGUGAUUUGGCUUCCAUUUUUUUUGCAUUUUUUUUUUUAAAAAAUUCUGGAAAAAUUAUAUAGAAUUUGUAAACUAUCUACUAGAUAAAAAAAAAUAAUGCAUAUUAAUGACAAUAAUUUAUUUCCAACAUAUUCCUACUUUUUUAUGUUUUUUAACUCUUUUAUAUUAAAAAUUUGUAUGUAUUAAUCAUAAUUUAUUAAUACUUAAGUUUUUUCUGAAAGUGACUUUGAUUGCAUCCAUGCCGAGGUUGUUUUCGUUACGUUGUUGUAAUAUGGAGUUGAUUUUUUCCCAGAUAAGUGACGACUCCAUUUUUUUUUUUUUUUUUUUUUUUUCUAUUCUAGAAAAAUUGAAUAGAAAUAAAAUAAUGUACAGUAAUAAUAAUAAUUUAUUAUUUUAUUUUAUAUUUAACUCUUUUAUAUAAGAAAAAACUGUGUUAAUCAUAAUUUACUAACAUGUUUAACACUUAAAAGCUAUGGUUCUCCUUGGAAAAAUAAUAAUAUCUCUGUUUUUACAACAUAUUUCCAAUUAAGGACUACUCUUUCAGCUAAUUUCCCUACGACUCCGCCUCUACUUCUUAAUUUGUUGACCACUAGACCAAUUCCAGUGGCUUCUAAAAGUUCUAUAGUCAUCGGUAGUUUCGAAAGUUUGUAUACGCAUUCAUAUAAUUGUUCGUUGUUACAGGCCUCAUCAGCUCUUACGAUUUUUCUGGCGUAGUGAUUAAUCACUCUGACUGAAUGAAUGUAUACAUUCUAAUUUAUUUUAAAUCCUGUUUGUAAUAAUUUAAAUUCAUGUAAUGUAAUUUGCUGUUGUAUAUGAACAUGUUUCAGCACCCAUCUAAGGUAAGGUUAUUGUAGAAAUUUAUUCAAGGAGGGUAUUGACUAUGGUAAAAGGUGAAUGUCAUAAACAUUUGGCUGAGAUAGGUUAUGUUAGCGUCAAUUUAAAUGCAUGUAAUGCGAUUUUGCUGUUGUACCUGUAUGUUCAUGUUUUAGCAGUUUUCUAUAAUGUAAGGUUAUGGCACCAGGCCAUUGCUAUGGCCAUUUGUAUACUUAAUUAUUGAAGUAGUGGUAAAAAUCUGUGUAUAAAAGACAGAGGGAAUUCUCUAAUAUUCACCAGUCUUCAAGAUUUCAUCCCAGGACAAGAAGCUCAGUUCAACAGAAAUACUACCAAAAUAAAAUGUCGUAGCAAAUUACCAUAGCAAAUUGGAGGCCGGUCGUAACACCACUCAACGCUAUGGUUAUAAUUCUUGAAAUAAUAUUAAAUGACUGAUUAUAACAUAGUUUUUUUAAAAAAAAAAAAAAUAAAUAUUUAGUAACUAAAGUAUAUUGGAAGUGCGUCGUAACAUUACUCAACGCUUUGGGUAUAAUUCUUGGGACAUAGAAAAAAUAUAUAAUGAAAAAAAAACAGUAAAAAUAAUAUACUAUGUUUUAUGUUUCACAGAAUGAACAUUUUAGCAAAUCAAUUGAUAUGAGACCGUCCUUUUUAAAAACAAAACCUGGAACAAAACGUUCUGCAGAAAAAACAAGUGUUAAAAAACCUAUGAAAAAGAAGCAGAAUAAAAUGAAUGCAUCAUACAGAGAUAAUAUCGGCGAACGCUUGAGAUCAGAAGAUUUUGAUGUUGAAGUAUUUAAUUCGCUAACAUUCAGACAAGGAGAUGGCGUUGUGACAAUAAAGACGCCUUUUGAAGAAAAAGGAAAGGAUCUUUGGGUGCUAAGUCAUUAUAAGGUUACUAACAUCGAGAAUGUACCAGUAAAGGACAGAUGGAAGUUCAGUGAAGCUACUGUUAGAUUGUACACGACCGACGAAUAAAAAGAUCAAACACUUAAUACUGGUCUUAAUGAGACAAUGCAAAUUAUAUUUGAUAAAUUACUAACCGAUCCAAAGCGUCAAACUAUUAAAAGCAAGACGGUUGUUUGAUUAUUAUACGGAAAAAUGAGUUUCAUUUAAUAAAACAAAAUAUUAUUAUA